CAAUGCGGUCGGUUGGAACUUUUCCACUAGCCGGAAUCGCGAGUGCGAACUUCAAUUCGAGGCCAGCGUUCGGUUCGUAGCAAGGGAAGUUGUGAUUAUUCAGUGCAAGGGGGGAACAAAGUUGCCGGGUGAAACGUCGUGGACUGUCAUUCCAUCGGUUAUGUUGUUGUUCUUUCCGUUGAGGUCAGAGCAAUGGUUCGAUUGCGAGGUAGCUCCAGGUAACCCCCGUAGGGAGUAUCCGGAUGAUUGCGAUGAUGGAAACUCGGUACUGAAGGAUCUAGUUCAGAGGAUCAAUAGUUCGUAGUGCAGAUGAGAAGAAGAACAGGUUCAAUCAAUGAUGUGAAAACAUUUGAUAAAAACUAUGAUCGUGUUAUAAAUUCAAAGUUCUAGUGUAUUUGCAUGAUAAAAUGUGAUUGUUUAAAAUUUUCACCUUCAAUACAGUUCUAAAUAUAUCAACCAUGUUCCAGUACUAGCAACUGAAAAGAAUCUCAUCAAAAGAAACCUCGCGCAAACAUUUCCAGGAUGUAAAGUUGGCCUCCGUUGGUGGAUUUAUUCGCCUAAUCCGCACCUCUCCCGCUUCCGCCCCUCCGCUGUUUGUCCUGUGUGAAUGGUAAUACCUUGAACGGUUUCUCGGUGCCAGCGCAGCGGCACAACUUAAUCGGGAUCAGCUUGAACAAACAGCAUGUAAUCGGGAUUACAAUUCACAUCGCACCCCUCCAAUCGCGACAGGUGCUGCCGAAUAGAAUCAUUUUCCUUUCGCGAACGUCGAGCGAUGGUGAGCCAAAUCGUGUAUAAAACCUGAGUGCUGCUGCUACUGAUCCGAAUUUUUCCCGCUGGAACUUUGGCUAAUCAUGACACUCGGACCUGUCACAGCCAGUGCCGAUAUCGACUAGCGGCAGGUCAUAAUCAUAAAUUAAUCGUUCAUUUAUAUGCUAAACACUUUCCUCGUCGGAGUCAGCCGUUUGCGCGCUCGUUUUUCCGCAUUCCGGAAGACUUUAGAAAUGCUGUUAGUUAGAGUGCUGCGAGCCGUUUCUCCGCGUAAAAGUGUGUUCUCUGAUCCAAAGCCAUAAAAGAAAAAGAAGAAGGAAGAAUGAUGAGCGGUAGAGCAUCCGCAUAAGGGGGCGGAAAACCGUCUGGUGUCGGAUCGCAAUAAUCGUAAAAGUUAAAUUGUUUCCAACUCCGGUUUUGAAACGAGAAGGAAAGUGCUACCCGAUAACAGUAGAAAAAAAAACCGAUCAGUCCGACUUGCACUGCGUGGUAAAUCGGAACGGAAAGUAAACCAUAAAAACGGAAGUGAAAACCCGAAAGCUUAGAGUACUGAACGGAAUGUGAGUGCGGGUCGAUAAUGCUUCACACCGGAUGUUUUGAAGAACGACACGAAGAGUAGCUAAAAGAUAAAGUGUUCACAUCCGUGGGUUUGGCAAUCAAGGGAAAUCUCCCUGGUAAGAGCGGAAGAGCAAAAAAGCAAAAAAAAACACGCUAUCGUAGUGCUUCAAAGUGGCGAGGAGGUGAGCGAAACCGAGCGAAAAAAUGUGGCUCGAAAAGCUCAUGGUAGUGUAUUUGUUGGCGCUGUUCAACUCGCUGGAUGGAUACUUUCUGGAUAACAACCUGCAGAACACCGGACGCCAUCGGAGAAAAGAAUCGAAUGAAGCCAAAUCAUCGCACCGAAACACGCUCAGCUCAUCGCACCAUCACGAGAGUCAAUUCAUCACCAAAAACAACAGUAGGGUAGUUAGUCAACGAGGGGGCCUCGCGGUGCUCCCCUGCAGCGUCACCAUGUCAACCCCAGCCACUGUUUCGUGGUUCCGACGGAAAGACUACCUGCUGCUGACGGUCGGUCUGUCCACGUACAGCAGCGACGAUCGGUUCCUGGUGGAGCACACGCGCCACCUCGGCAACUGGGCGUUACGGAUAAAGAACGCCCGCAAGGAGGACGAAGGACUGUACGAGUGCCAAAUUUCCACCCAUCCGCCACAGUCGAUUUUCAUCGAGCUUAGGAUCGUAGAGGCAGCAGCAGAAAUUUUGGAAGCACCCGAUUUACAUAUAGACGAGGGAUCGACGCUACGGCUGGAAUGCAAGCUGAAACGUGCCACCGAAAGUCCUCUGUAUGUCUUCUGGUACCACGAGGAUCGAAUGGUCAACUACGACCAGGAGGAUGGCAUCUCGGUAUCGACGAACAAGUUGACGUCCAGUGUCCUGACGGUGCGAAAUGCGACAGCACGGCACGGGGGGAACUACACCUGUGCACCUGCCAAUGCCCGACAGUCGAGUGUCUACGUACACGUGCUCAAAGGUGAAAAGCCAGCCGCAAUGCAACAUCCGAACAAGAGUCCAACUGCAGCAUCCGGCGCGGGCAGCAGUGGAGGAAGCGGCGCCACAGCCGUCAGUCGGCGCCUAACGAACUCUUCCAGCUGCUGCUGGAUGGCCGUUCUACUACUGACCUGGACGUACUACUGGUCCUCACCGUGGGUCCUGCUGAUCCGUCACUGCAGUUACUGCUUCUUCCACUCGUCGCUACUAGCUUCCUGCUCCUUCUCCUCCGCGAAAGGCUGGCUUGCGGCGAUGUUUCGUCGCACGACGUUCUCCGGACUCACUAGCUUCAGGAUGACAUUUUGUAUACUAUUAGUGCUGGUAACCGUAAAGACUACAGUCAGCAAAAGUAUUAAAUUGUUUGAUGCGGUUUAAGAGGGCGAGAUGGAAUGUGAUAAAAUGGUGGAGGCUUGGCAGCCGGAUUCUGUACCGACGUAGACGAAGGCCGCCCUCUGGGCCUAUGCCGGUUAGAGGGCUUCGUUUUAGGGACGAGUAGUUAUAACUAUUUUGUACAGGUUUUCUAGUAUUAAAGUGUAUAGAGUUAAUCCAGCUCUUCUAGGGAGUGUUAAAUUUAUGAAAGGAUUGCCGAGUGCGGUGUGACAGGAAGUGUGAACUACGUCCAGCUGAAUUAGACUAAUAGAUGGAAGGGGGGGACACGAGAAACAUGGAAGAGUGCACCCGGGAGGAUCAUCUGCUGCAGCACUACUGAAAUUAGAUUUGUGCUUACUCAACGUUAUUUUGGAAGCACACUGGGCCACCCCGUAGAGUAAAAUUCUUCACGCGGCAACCGAACGGUAACAAUUCGUCAGGACAUGCGAUGUGUUUGCGCCGUUUGCAUGCAGUUUAACGCUCAAGUCGGGGAAGGCCAGUGGGUCAUAAAGCAAAUUUCAACAGUCAGAGUACAACUCACCGCAUAACCCGAAAAAAGCCAUUCCACAUUCCGUAAAUGCUUGUUCAACUUGCUACUACAGUGCGCGCAAUAACUGCUAGCAAUAGUACUUCACCUAGUCAUGGCUUUGCUGGCUGGGGAUUUUCUUUUUUUUUUUUAAACAGUCAGUGUGUAUGCAUAACGUAUCAAACCUGCGGAGCCGGACGCCACGCCAAGCAAGCGAAACCGCUCAGCACGGAAGGAUUUAUGAUGGAUAUUUUUCAGAAUCAAAUUUGCCAGCAAUGAAAUUGGUUUGCCACCUCCGGGUGAUUUAUUCCACGGCAACCUCCCCGUCGAAGAAACACGAACUGAUUUAUAUCCCUUUGAUGUAAUAUUCGACUAAUUUAUUCGUUGCAUGUAGGAGGAGCACGCGGAAUGCAAUCUACGGGCAAAACAUUCGUCAUUUAUCUGUUGUUUGGUUUGCUGAGUGUCGAAGUCGGAAUGCUCGAUCAGAAACGACUGUUGUGGUACAAUUUUAGUAAUUUUGAAUAAUACGUCCAUUAACACACCUAUUAAAUCACGUCAGAAUGCUAGUGAUUUACAACAUUUGCAUUUUGCUGGAAUGUUUUCUUUCUAGUGUUUUCAGAACAAUGUGUCAAACCAGAUUUUCAUGAUUAUCGGACAAGAGUUUGAGUGUUUGAUUUUGCCGCAAUUCGUUUAGAUUAGAAAACCAUAUAAAAUCCCUGAUUGUUUCAUUCAUUUAAACAUUUGUGCAAUUUUUAUCUCAUGCUUAUAAUCUCAUGAGCGUAAUUUUCAAGAAACAGUUCUCAGUUAUUUUGAGAUUUUCAAAAGUCUAUUUUAAAAUCAUAUUUAUAACAACCACUAACGCACCUAAAAUUUCAGGUUUUCCAAUUUCUGUUACCUCCCAACUCCAGUUUUUUUUAUGAAUAGUGAAAGUUGAAAAAAAUUAUUUGAUUUCCUCGACUCGCUGCCAACAAAAUAUAUGUUUAACCAACCCUGCAAAAACAUAGAAAUAUUUGAUAAUUGGCUUCCGGCUAUUUCAAUAUCUUUUAUUAAUAUUUAUUAUUCAUUAGAUGAUUUUGUUAUCGGGAAAAAGCCAUGCAUGUAAUCAAAUUUAUCCCGUUUCAAUCUCGGACAUAAAAACUCCUAUUCAAAGAAUUCGUGCAUAGUAACUAAGGUGGGAGGUUACAAUUGUUUUAGAUUUCUCUCCUUAUUAUUAACUGCACAAAAAUAAACGAAAAACUUUCAUUGGACCUCAGGUAGUCCGGAAACUGUUUCAGAGGUUCUUCGGCGGUAUACGAGUGGGCAAAGACUAAUUUUUUGCUACCAUGAGCGAUUUUAAAAUUCUUCUGGUCAUUAAUUACAAAUCUACAAGUGCCGAUUUACUUAAUAAAUUACAAAUCAAAUUCAGUGCUCGAUCAAUCUUAAAUACUUUUUUUUUUGUUUCGGUAAUAAUAAAAAAUAUCAAAAAUUCAAAGAUAUACAUUAUUUUUGACACACCGAUAAUAAUUUUGUCGAAUUUCUUAGCCAUCAACAAGCAACGGUAUUCAAUGUAAAAUUUUUAUUGCCAAAAACUGUUUCGUGGUUUUGCUACUUGCUGUUCCAGAAAUUUAUAGCAACAUAAAUUCAAAUUUCAUAACGUAGCUUUGAGGCUUGUUUGUCUUAGAAGUUGCUAAAUGGUCAUCAUUGAACAUUUUGUAACAAUUUGUUAUUCUUAGGUUGUGCAAAAUGUAUCGUAACAAACAUGUUUCAUUACGCUGAAGCAGUAACUACGGAUGCCCCAAAUGGAAGAAGAGUAUGAUCUGUCGAAAGCUCAAGUUUCCCAAGAAAUGAUGAAACUAGUAAACAAAAAGUUCAAGAGGUUGUAAAUGUAACCCGACCGCAAGUUAACGCAAAAUUAUUCGAACUUGUUAUACGCCAAUGUAAUUCUUGCAAUAACUUGAAUAUUAUCAAUUUGAUGGUCUGAAGCGGAACAUUUCGAUACUAAUUGCAAUCUCUUAACUUACUCUUACGCGUUAAAAUUGCGCCACAAUAUCUUGUCUCAUUAUAUUUUCUGUCAGCAACUUUCAACUCUCUGAAAAUAAUGUGACGGUUCUAAAGAGAUUCAAAAUGAUAAUUUUGUCCAAUUCACGACCUUUGGUUACUACCCCGGUUCCGAAAAUGUGUUUAAUCAUUUUGAGCGGCUUUUCAGAAACCAGAACCAAUACCUUGGCAUUAAAAAUGGCAUAUGAAAAUAAUAUAGGGUGGGAUUUGUUCAUGUUAUGCGGUUGCAGUUGUUAUGCAGGAACCGGAAGUCAAAACUAUGGAUUUCGAAAUUGUGUCUGGGGACGAUUCAAGUCUUGAGGCAUCAUCGAGACUCCGGAUGUAGUCAUUUUAAGUGGUCUGGGGUCUGGGGUCGAUUUUUGGUUUUGGAUAUCAUUUCGGUUCUAAAAAUACCCACAUUGAAUGGUAUUGUCUUUGUUUUCUUUUCUAAUUGGCGGCAAUGUGCGCUCAAAACAAGGCAUAAUAUUUUUUUUCGAUUGUACAAUAAUCGGCAUCAAAAAUCACAGUUUGCGCAUUUUGGAUACUUACCGAGUUUUCCAUGUGAUUGUUGCAAAAAUAAAGGAAAUCCGUUGAAAACUUACUGAGUUGUUAGAAUUUGAAAUUGAACAAUUUUCCUGGCGCUCUAAAUUCAAUUUGCUCCCCUAUCCCAGAAUGUUCUCGUAAGACAUAAUUCUACGUCAAAAAUUCUCAUAAUAGCAUCUAACGCAUGCGGUUAAAAAAUGGACUUUUUCGGAUGGUGGUUAAAAAAAUAAUAAGGCAAAUAAUUGAGUUUGAUAAAUUUCCCCUGAGAGGUAAUUAUGUUAGCUUACUCGUAAAAAAAAUUCUACGCCUUUGCGUGCGGGUUCCUUAACUGGAACAUUCGGCAUAGCGGACAAAAACAUGCGUGUAGUCAUGUUUUUUAAAUUUUUUCCUCAGUUUUCGCGACAAAAUUGAUCGAGUAGAUCUUACGCUUGCACGUUUUGCCUAGAAAUUCUCGAUGGGAUGCCGCUGGGGGACGUUGUACACUGUUUCCAAAGCUGCAAAAACGUUGAUUUUAGAGCCGUAACGUCUUCAGCAAAGUUGUUCCUUUAAUCAUUCUCCAUGUUAUAGAAGUUGCAAUUCCAUGAUUAAUCUACUCAAUUUUUUAAAGGAACAACUUUGUUGAAGACAUCAUACUUCUAUAUAUCUAUCUAAAUAGACGUUGUGGAGUUUUCCAUAGAUUACUACUAACAAUUUUUUUUCUAUUUCACUUUUAUAGUGAUUUUUUACACUUUCUGAAUGUUCUACAAAAUUAUUUCAUCUGGCCAAAAUACAUACUUUUCAUCAGUAUGGUGUUUUGGAAGAAAUUGAAUCACAAUUUUGCUCUGAUAUACAUUUUGAUUGAUAACCGAGCCACUAGAUUUGAACCAUGAUUCAGACAAAAAAGAAAACGUCCUUUCUCGCGGAUUAUUGUUGAGGUUUGCAGGAAACUAUACACAGUCGAAUUCGGAAGAUUUUCGCUUUCAAAAUGUUUUACUGGAAACUUCUUGCCAAAAUUGUUGUACAGUUCAAAGCGAACUGAACAAUGCGCUUGCGGAAUGCUCCUUGUUUCGACACCAUUUUGAAUAGAACUGGGAACGCAAUAACAAAAUAAAAAAUACUGACAUAAAAAGGAGAGAGACAGCUUACAUAUACAAACUCUCAUAUCUCUCUGAGCGCGUUUGUUGAAAACCUCAAAAAAAUUCAAAUUUUUAGUUGUCACCUGUUAUUUGGUUAACGUUGACGCUGUUCAGCAUGAUUUAUUCUGAGUACCCUACUUUUAUCCCUCUGUAAAGUUAAAUUUUGGAAUAAAAAUUAAAAACGAACACCAAAAAAAUAAACUUCCGGAUAAUCGAGUCCGACCUGUAUUACGCAAUGUCAAUCCAAAUAUUAUUUCUUUAUUUACUUGAAGUAACUGUUCAUCAGAAACUGAUCAUGAAAAAUUUUCAACUUAAAAAAGUAAGUUUAGGUCGAAAAUGAAUGUGAAGCAUGGUUCUCGGAAUAUGAAUGUUAUACAUAUUUUUGGACAGAGUAGGUAAUCUGUUUUUUUUUAUUAAGUUGUACCACUUAGAUCCAAGCAUAAUAGCUAUUUCAUAUUCGACUUUCUCAAUAUUACCUUACAAAAUAAUAGCGUCCCAAAUUGCUCAAGUAGCAGGGAGACAACUUAACAAACUAUCAUCCACUUAGAGUCAACUUGUCGUUUUCCAAAAUACUUAAUCCAACUGCCAACUGUCCAUAAACGUCAUAACAGCGCAGUAUUUUCGUCAAAAGAUCACGCUACCGUAACUGGAAAAAAACCUCAUUGUUCCACCACUUCUCGCACUAGGCAGGCCUAUUCAGGAAGAGAAUCAAAAACAAAACAAAAAUCUGCAAAACCACAAGUAGAGCAACUUGAGCGCGCACUACACGAAACCCGUCCAAUUUCGGUGCAAAUCCGAGGAAAAUUGUCAUCUUGAAACUCAGCUUAGUGUCGCCACGGUUUCCAUGUUCGCCAGCGGUUUUUUUUUUGUCCGGUUCCACAGCAUUUCGCACACUCUUUCGGGGAUCAACAAAACCCUUCCGCUUUUUUGAGCCUCUGUACACACACUUGAUAAUAAUCCAGCAGCAUAUUUCCCCGGGUGCUUUUGGUGGACCAUCGAAGGAGGAGACGAGGGGUUAAAGGGAAAUAAAAAAACAACAUUGCUGGUUCCGGUAUUGCCCUGGAUUCUGCUCAAAGCGGUGAAUGUGCAAUCGUUUUCUCGAGCGUAAAACAAGCUAGCAAAUACACAAACACACGACAUGAAUGCGAUGCAUUGCAUUGCAUAAAUAUUCACCCGGGGUUGCGAGAGCUGCGCGAGCGAGCGGCCUCGAGAAUUGGCGACCGGAGACGGCGGUGGCAAGCGGGGACAGGUAGAGCGCUGCACAGUGGCUGGAGGUUGGAUAAAACGGUUGUUUUUUUGGUUGAUAUUUUAUGUGACUUCUGAGCUUAUUGAAGUACCUAAAUUUUCUUCAAAUUUCAUGAUCUCUAAAUGUGAUUUAUUCUUUGAACGUUCUCCAAAUACGUUUAUUACGUUGGUGAUGGUUGAUUUGGACACAUUCAAUUCGUUUCUUCCCUUGCUUCGACGCCAUUUUCACAACUGAAGAGCAAAUGUCAAAAUCAAACAUAAUGUAAGAUAAUAUACACACAUUUCUAAAGUGAGGGGUGUUCAUUUUUGAUACACGAUAAAAUGAAUACGGUAAACUAAAGUUGACCAAUUUCCGACCGUUACACCCUUUAUAAUUUUCAAUACAGUUUGUACAGCGAAAAUUUAUAUCUUUUCAUUAGCUCUUGUUAGAAGAAUUCUGCAUUGAGCAAUAUGUAUUUCACCACUAUAAAGUUCAUACUUCACCCUAUUAAAUUCUGUUUCAUAAGAACUACAGUGCUGUUUCGAUUUUAUCACGGCAAAAAAAAAUUAGCGAUGAAUUUAGCGAAGCUUUGGGUUCUUAUCGACCGUUUGAAUUUUAUUGGUACUUACUACUACUAAUUUUUUUUUUCUACAAACCACUGUGAUCCCACUGUGCAUCGUUUCGGUUGGUAGAAUUUGCAGCAAUGAUAUUACAUUCCGCCACAGCGAGUCUCGUCUUCCUUCAUGUCGGAUUUUGCACGCGCUUUUUGAAUGAAAGAGCUCUGUGACGGUAGUGCAAGGACAGUACUCGUGAACACACGAAAAAAAACAAGUAUGUCACAUGUCCCUCAGCUGGGCGCGUAUUUAAGUAAACGUAGGUACAGGAAAUGUUGCACGAGACACUAAAGAUCAACUGCUGACGCCUCCGCGUUGAGAUGAUAUUAUGGGAAAGGAAGAUGAGAGCAUAAUUAUUUCCGACUCGACUUUUGCUGGAAUUUAUUCCGGUUCAAAAAGAUCUUCUCUCCGUGGUUCGUUCGUGUGAGUUGCGUUUUUUACCAGUACCAGAAAACCGGUUGUGCGAAAUGUAAAAUUUAGCUGGUUAAUUGUUGGAAAGCACAGCAAUUGUGUUGUUUUUGCGCCCGAGAUUCACGAUCCCUGUUCUCUUUCACACGCAACGACAACGACGAUGGGACUUUGAAUAUUACCCUCCUGUAGAACGUAACGCAAAAAGUCCAUAAUCGACUAUGCAAAUCUCAUCAAUGUUGCAAAUGAUGAAGCGCUGGGGGAUGGAGUGGAAAAAAUCACAGGAAGGUUGUAUGCAAAGCCACGACCGCAAGGUUGAAGUAGAAUACUUUUACAAGAAAGAUAACCCGGCUGCUUGCGUGUCAGUCAUUUUUUCUAGUAAAUAAACGUUGACCGUUCAUUGGCAGUAUUGUAAUUUCUCUUUGUUUGAUAUUUUGAAUGAAGUUUAUUGAAUAUUUUUAAAUUUUGUGCAAAUGAGAAGUUAAAGUGCUGCCGAAUUGUAAUAUGCACAUUUAAUACAACAUCAUUAAACGGAACGGAACAAAGGACACGGUUUUGCAGAACGCGAAUGACGGCGCGAUGCGAUUCGCCUUUUCGUGGUGUUGAAAUGUACAGCUCUUUUUAAGGCGAAGUAGAGCUAUACAUUCCAACACAUUUCAUUUUGCCGAAUCGCAUCGCGCCGUUAUUUGCGUUCGGCAUGACCGUAGCCAAACACUAAGUGACGCAAACCCGUAAUAAUAGCCAGAGUAUGCAUGUAGAUGAAGAUAAUUAACUUUGGAUUAUAGCGCAAAACGAGAAAAUAUUAACUCUUCAAAUAUUCAUUUUUGUUCUUCAAAUUUCAGUUGUUCAAUUAAUAUCCGAUGAAAUGUCUGUUUAUUAUCUGAUGAAGGCUCUUAUAUAGGCCAAAUGAUGCAUUCCCAAUUUACUAGGUCCAUAACUCUGCCGACCGUGCUUGGGAAAGCAAUUGUAUAACGACCAAUCAGAGGUCGAAUUUUGUGUUUUGACAAGGCUUAAUAAUUUUCAAUAGUACAAUAGCUCGAAUAAUAAAAUUGCAAUUUCAUGCAUUUGGUAGGAAUCUUAGAAGAUUUUCUAAUCGAUUGCUGCAAAAACGAAGGCAAUCCAUCGAAAACUAACUGAUUUAUUAGCAUUUGAAAUUGGACAUAUUUCUCACUUUUUUCAGUUUUAGAUUUUCAUUUCACAUCCCUAUGUAGCCGAACUUCCUGAGAGAAGUAUUCUACUUCAAAAAGGAAUCAUGAAAAAAAGGCAAACACGCCAUUGUAUCAUGGAACAAGUGAAAGCCGAGAGAGAGAGAGCAGCAGCAAAAAAAAUACUCCAACCAAGAUAAGCGCCCUUUCCAGCGUUGGCUGUUUCGUUUCCUGCCGAGGGACCGCUUUUAUCUCACCUGUGUGCGGGCUCUGGGUGGUAUAAUGUUUGCUCUUAGGUGAAAAUUUUCUUCACAAACUUAGUUUUAAAAAAUUCUUCCGCUGUACUGCAUAACCCUGCCAGCCAGCAGCCCAGUUUGACGGGCGCUCAUCAGUUAUGCAAAAUGACAAAAUAGAUGAAUGUGUUUUAUUCAUGAUUUUUCAUCCACCAUCACACAGCCUCCUGAUGUACGGGCUUAGGGUGGAGCACUGCCCGGGCGGAUAAUUGUGACAAAGUUAGUCAACAAUCCGAGCUGGUGUGGAUGAGAAACCUGUUGGAAUUUGUGGAUUCAUUACGAGAGUUGUUUUCUGUGCAAAUUUUAGCUUCACACGCACGGAUGAGCGUUGGCCACUUGGUCACCCUGGUGGUACUGCAGCUGGCAGCCUCGGGCAAUUUGCUAGUUUCUUUGAUGCGGUGGAAGGAAAACUGGUAUCAGCUACUGAAGGAGGCGGGGGACUUUUUUGGUGGGUCCGUUGGGGGAGAAACUUUAGAAAAGUCGAUUUGGCAGCAGGCAGGCAGCAUGAUUGCCCAACUUCGCCAGCCACCGUCGUCCGACCUUCUUCCGGGCGAUGAUGUUCGGGUCGGCCGAACGUGGGUGGUUUCACUUUUUACCGUUGCUGCCACCGUUGCCGCGCUGUGCUGUUUGUUUAAUCAAUACUUGAUUGAACGAUAGCCUCCUUCAAGGGUCCUAUGCGGCGUUAGGGCCAAGAGUCCAAACGGCUGGAGCUUACGAAGUGGGUGAAAAAAGCAACAAACAACUACCGUUCUGGGAGAGCUGGAGAGCUGUUGCGUAAUAGACACGAAGCUGGCUCAAGGUGUCGUGUGAGAGGAGAACGGAUGGACUGUCAGGUUGAUGAUGAGAGAAAACAUCGAUUUGAGACCGUCGAUUGAUUCGACAAAUAACUGUUUGCGUUGGCGAAUGCGACGCCAAGGUUGUUUUUCGGUUUUUGAAGAAAUCGAUGGGAAGUGAAAAUUGUUUAUUUCGUCAAACGUAAAGUAGACUAGUACAAACACUUUAUACAGUUUGUUUUUUGAUCAUGAAGAGGAGUUUUUCAGAAGAAAAAUAAAUUACUGUUCAAUCACAUGAAUGAAUAGAGAUGAUCGACAUUCCGUCUGGGUUACAAUAUUUUUCCUGGGUUUUGAUUAAUUAACUGAGAUAAAAUAUUGGUCAAGUCACGACGCCCUAUGAAUUUUAAGUCACUGUAAUAAUCAAUCAAGCUUGCUUCAUAUUCUUGAAUACACUUAAGGGGUUAUAUACCUUUUUAGUUUUCAAAAAACCGGAAAAAAAUUUAUUACAUUAUCUUCAAAUACAACAUCUUGAGAACAUUUCCACAAAUAUUCAUAAAGAUCUGAGCAAUAGGAAGAAAGUUAGAGCGAUUUGCAACGCGCCUCGCCACGGCCGCAUAAGCUAAACUUGAAACUUUACACGCGAUUAUCUCGGAAUAGUUUUUCCCGGAAAAUGACUUUGCCGUGAUCCUGAUUGCGGGAAAACUACUGAACCGAUUUCAUUCAUUUUUUGUAUGUGUGUAUGUGUGUGUGUAUGUGUGUAUGUGUGUGUGUGUAUGUGCAACUUUUUUUUCUCACUCACUUUUCUCAGAGAUGGCUGGACCGAUUUUCAUGAAAUUAUAUGCAAAUGAAAGGUCUAGUUGCGCUAUAGGUUGCUAUUGAAAUUCAUUGUAAUCGGAUUUUUAGUUUAGAGGUUAUGUAUCAAAAUGUAAAAAUCACGAAACAACAAUAUCUCAGAGACCACAUAACCGAUUCCAAUAAAACUGGUUUCAAAUGAUUGGGCUGUCUCAAAAACCCUUAACUUUUAAAUUUCAUAAAGAUUGAACAUAUGGUUCAAAAGUUAUGUAAAGAAAAGUUAUCCUGAGGUGGUUUAAACUCACUCAUUUUCCUCAGAGAUGGCUGAACCGAUUUCCCCAAAAUUAAGGUCAAAUGAAAGGUCUAGUUACCCCAUAGGUUGCUGUUGAAUUCCAUUGUAACCGGAUUGUAACUUUGUCCGUUGUUCAUAAAAAUGUGAAAUCACAUAAUGAAAGUAAACAUAUUGAUUUUCUCCUAACGAUCAUUGGCUAAUUAAAAGGUAGAAAAGUGAUCCAAAUGGCCGAAUGUCAUAUACUACCCGACUCAGUUCGACGAAUCGAGCAUUUUCUGCAUGUAUGCAUGUAUAGGUGUAUAUGUUUGUGUGUGAUUGUGUACGUGUGUAUGUGUACCUUUUUUUUCGCACUCACUUUUCUCGGAGAUGGUCUGACCGAUUAUUUCUAUCUUGGUGCCAAAACAAACGAGUCAUCUCUCAAACUUACAAAUAACAAACAUCAUAUCAUGUGGUAUCGUACUAUUUGAACGUUCCCGGUAUCGCUCGUGAUUAAAUUGUUCGAAUUAAGAGUCAUUUCUUUAAUUUCGCUAUUUCCUAAGCACUAACAUUACGUCAAAUUUCAUAUCUUAUACUUCAAUUACAACAUCAAUAUUUUAAAACCCAAAGAGUGGAUAUACCUUUAUUGGAUUUAAGCAUUCAUGUAAAUCUAUUUUUACAAAUAAUAAGUUUGAAUGAGAAAGGCUGGUUCUGACCGCUAGGGGGAUUAAUUUAGGUUUUUUUAAAUUUUCGUUUUAAAAUUCGCCGGUCCUUGAACGAUCGCUUUUUGAAACAUACAGUUACAUUUUGCCGCAAAAAAAAUUUUAAUGCAAUUUUUUGCGCUCAAAACGUGCAUUUUUUGGGAAAAACGUUUUCGUUUGCACUGAAAACAAAAUACUCAUAACAGUGAUCGUUCAAGGGCCCGGCACACUUCUAAACUAACGAAAUAAUAUGAGUUUUUUGAUUUCGGUUGAUCCGCUGAGUCUCUAUCAGGAUCACCGCAAGCCUCUGCAAAAUAAAUAGCGUUUCGGGGAAACGGCCAUUACUCCAGUAAUAAUUGGUGUAUCUCAAAAUCAAACGUAUUUUCUUGUUGUUGAUAAACAGUACUUUCAGAAAAAUACCACUUGAUGCAAUGAAAAUGGGGCUAUGCACUUAAAAAUAAAUUCAAACUUCCCUUAUUUUUCUCGACCAAAAAGGUAUAUAACCCCUUAAGUCGCUCUUUAGGUUCUUAACGCGGAUUUCGACAAUUUAUUAAAAUCGACUCUGGAUUUUCUCAUUGGAUAUUAGGUUGUCAAACCACCAUGCUCGAACGAUACAUCGCAGGCAAUAGUUAACAAAAACCUAUAGUUUGUGCGCUAUCUUCGUCGAUACGCACCACGUUUCGCAAGAAAUACAGAUUGGAACGCUUGUGUCAAAAUUCAAGUAUAUGUGUGGCAAUUGCAAUUGUAUAGUCGCCACACGGACUUGUAAUAAGAAUGAAAAUUCCAAAAAAAGCAGUAAGUACGGUCAUUCGACCGCAUCUUCAACGAACAAUUUUGUUGAAUAACGACUUGUUAAGCUAUAGUUCAGUCGAAAUACGCCUUAUAAUAUUUUAAUAGGCUUAGAAUCAACAAAAUUGUUCCUUAUGUCACUCCACUAGAAGGAUUAAUUUUAUUAAUUACUUGAGCCUUACGAUAGUUUUAACCGCAAUCCUCUAUCUCUUUUAUUCUCAAGCCAUUUUAUGGCUUUCUCAUUCCAACGAGCGAGAGCAUUGAUAUCUAGUGUCGUUUUUGUUUUCGUGGUGGAGCUACACUUUUUCCGAACUAUACUUUGCAGUUUCAAAUAAAACAUUUUCAGUGUCGUUGCAUUGGUAUGCGUGAUAAUGGGAUAGCUGUCAAUUCGUUUUGUUUUGGUCAUUAUCGCAUUUGUCAUUUUGUCUCGUUUCCAUUUCAAAAGGUCCAUCUCGCAAAUGUGCUGAAAAAAAAAUUACCUGAUACUUUACCACGUGGAACGAGAACCUAAACAAAUCAGUUUUGACACAGACGUGUGAAUGUGUUGGUAACUUCCUACAGUACACUCUGCUUUUUUCGGGUGUCGUCAGGAACAGAAAAAGUAUAGGCAGAGACAGAAAAAGGGUAGUCCGACAAGUCAAAUAAAACAUUUACGGUGUCAAAAGUGUCGUUUGAGUGUAGCUACACCGCGAAAACGGAAACGACAUGAGAGCAAAGAGUGGCGAAGAGCAGGACUUCGUGAUUGUUCGUUUUCCGCUUGCGCGUUCUCACCCGGUAGAAGACCUGUUCUUUUCCGUGUUCUAGCCACGUCGGAUAAGGUGCCAGAAGCUCUGUAGAGCAAUUCCACAAGAAAGAUGGACAGCCAAUUUAAUCAACCAUUUUUGAUUUGGCUGAACUUUGCGUAGAUGUUUCUUUGGUCAAAAGAUGUCAUUUUGUACUUGGGCGUCCUGGGCAAAGUUUUAGACAGUAAUUUUGUCUUAAAAAAAACACUCUAAAACAAAUCAUUAUUUUUUUGAAAGAAAGUUGAAAGAAAAAUAAAAAAUAGAUAACUAAAAAAGCUAAUUCAUUAGAAAUCUUUUUUUUUUACGAAAACCACGGAAGAAACCACGACCUAAACAAUAGAAACUAUCAAAUCAUGGAGAAAUCAAGCAAAAAAAAGGUAAUGAUUUAAAAUAAAAAAUUAAUUUUUUCGAAGGGCAUUUUUUUGUUCUGAUGGACAAAACUAUUAUCUACAACAGCCAAACACACUAUACCAGUCAAACAAACCAUUUUGGCUUAAAAAAUAUUUUUAAUUUUUAAUAGAUGGUUCUCAGAAAUGAGUCAUGUUCCAAAAAACUAAACCAACAGCACAAAAUGACAUCUUUUGCCUGUAGAAACAUCGAUGCAAAGUUUCAACCAUAUUGAAAUUGACAAUUAAAAAAAACUGGGAUAUUUUUGUGGAACUACUCUGUAGGUUAAUGUAGAAAAAAACGGGGUUACCGUUACAUCCGCCCCCAAUUCAAAAUGAUGUGAGACUUCUUGGAGAGAAAAACUUACCCUGGCCUAUCAUGCUGGACUCUAGAUAUACAUGAUUUUCUUCAUAUUAUAAUUCUGUUAUAUACAAUAUCGACUGCUGGCCACUGAGAUUCUUGUCGGUUGGUGGUGUUGUCACUGUCGCGGUGAUAAGACACAUGUCUAUUUCUUUUGCUAAGGCUUUGAACUAUGCCUGUUUUAAUCAGAAGUGUUGCCAAAUUGAUUAUGUUCGUAUUUAAAAACUAAAUUUGCAUUUUUCGGCAUAUGUAGCCAUUUUUUUAAAUUUGAUAAUUUCGUCGUACAGUAUAGUUCUUUUUUACACGAUUCUACGUACCGUGCAAAAAAACCGUGUAAAAAAACCUCGUUAUUUGGAAAAACGUCGUAAAAAACCGCGUUAUUUGGAGAAACGUCGCGCAAAACAAAAACCGUGUAAAAAUGAAACUGUGUAAAAAACAGCUUAUUAUAGUCUGUUACCAUUACUGUUACUUACUAAAACAAUUUUACGCGAAGAUGAAAAAUCAUGCAAAAAAAAUUGCGUUAUUCGAGAAAACGACGUAAAAAAAUCGCGUUAUUUGGAAAAUCGUCGUAAAAAGAAUCAUGUAAAAUAAAACCGUGUAAAAUAAACCGUGUAAAAAGAUUUUACUGUAUAUCCAGAAAAUAUUACAAAAAUAGUUUUAAAUUUCGUGGUAAAUUUUCAUAAAAAUGUUAUAUCUCGAGACUGGCUCAUAUAACAUCGGGGUGGUAAAAAUUACUUGCGUGAAAUUUUUCGAGAAGAGCGAUGAAACUAUCCGACUUAAAAUAAAAUUAGCUGGAUUUGCCAAAAAAAUGCAAAUUCAAUUUUAAAUACAAAAAUAAUCUAUUCUGCAAUACUUUACCUGUCAGUAUUUCUCGGGAGUCUUGCGUCUAUAAAUUGUGAAAAAAUUAUUCACGAAAUUUACAACUAUUUUCGUAAAAAUUUUAUAUCUCGAGAUUGGCUCAUAUUUCCUCGGGGUAAUAAGUGUUUCUUUUGGGAGAAAUUCGAUGAAUUUAUCAAAUUUAAAAUAAAAAUGAGUACAUUUACCGAAAAAUGCAAAUUUAGAUUUUAAAUACAAAAAUAAUCUAUCUGGCAACGCUUCCGACCAAAAAUAAUUUUUUUGUGUCCCCUGCUUUAUUUUCUUCAAAAAUCACUUGUCAGUAUUUUUCGGACGUCUUACGUCUAAAAACUGUAGGAAAUAGAAUAAAAAAUCAGUAUUCCAAUCGACACCAAAAUUGGGAUUUUUCCAAAAUGACUCUAGAUAAUUCCCCCAACUUUGUGCAAAAUCUGUGAUGAUCGUGUUCAAGUGGCAUGUACAUUUCGUAUGGAAUAACUCAUAGGUUUAGUCCAACCAGACGCACUGUCCAACCGCUGCACUGUCUUCGGCCUCCUCUUUCUCCUUCGCCUCUUUCGACCGUCGACACCCGGUCAUCGAACUACCCGCUUUCUCCGAACUAUCGCUUUCUCCGAUGAAAUGUUACAUGGCCGGGGUUUCCGGGAAUACCCCUUUCAGCUUCUGGCAAUCUCUAUUGGCCAGUGAUACAAAUAUAUUUCGUUUAAGUGUAGUAGGGUUUCGCACCAUUUCGACCAGAUGUUGGCAGCACCCUUUCAGAAUUCAAUGAAUCUUUUUGAGUGCGUAGGAAAUGAACUGAAGUUUUUUUUAUGAAUCGGUAUAUCUGAAUAUUGACAAAAGAUAGAGAAAAGUUGUCAAGGGAUGACUUCUAGGCAAAGGUCUAAAUACCCCUAAAAUUCUUAUGAGCAAACCAAAGCGGGCACUCUCAAAAAAAAAAAAAUUCCCUAACAAAACUUUCAUUAAUGUUUCGUUAAAAUUUGGUCGACUAGCUUCCCUCGAUAGUUGAGCUAACCAUAAUCCACAUCGGUUUUUGAUUUAAUUUUCCGUUACAUUUUUGUAUAUACGAGUACAGUAGGCCGGGGAAGCCCGUUUCAAGUUCAGUCGCUCGCUUCUACUCAGACGCUCUUGUAAGCCGCCUCUAAAAUAUUAUCCAUUGACAUUCGUUAAUUUCAUUGAAGUUCUAUUCUGCUCUCUGCCUUUUGACGUAGAAAUUUGUCAUUCGGCGAACUUCUGAGGGUGGGUGUAAAAUGAAAGUUUGAAAUCAGUUCAUGAAAUAAUUUUCGUUCAAUUUCGAUUGCUUAUAAAUCGGUUAGUUUCGAACGGAUCACCUUUGUUUUCACAGCAAUUGUUAAGAAAAUUAGCUACGGGUUCACUAAAAUGCGUAAAAUUGUUAUUUUAUGACGUAAAAUAUUGGAGUACUGAAAAUAGUCGACUCUUGUUUCAGGCGAAGAUUUCCAAUAUGGGUAUUUUCGUAACCGUGAUGAUAUCUAGAGUCCGGGACGUCAUUUUGAAUCCCAAGAUGUCGACUUCCUGUUUGUGGGAAACAGCCGAAAAUGGCCGAAUAGCGCUCGACAUUCGUAUUUCCAAAAUAUAUGUGAUGCCCAGAAGCCGAAAGAUGGGACUGGGAAUCGACUCCAGAGGUAACUUUGAAGUCCGGUUACUGGAUAUGACCAAAUAUCACCCAGUAUGGCUAUUUCCGUACUCAAGAUGAGGCACAAUGCAACAAACGGUUAAUGUAACCAACAGUCUGUUGUAGUUCUACGUCCACGUUGCGGUCGUGGCCUUGCACACAACCCGUCGGUUUUUAGUUCGAAUAUUUCUGCUUUAUUUUCAAAUAGUUUUACAAAAUUUUAGUUGUUCCUGCCGUUUCAGCUUCAGUUACGCGAUUUCUUUUGGCCAAAUGAAUUACACACUUUUGCCGUGUUUCCUUGAAUCAUACAUGAUCAGAUGUUUUGUUCUUUUCAACGUUGUUCUGACUAUAAUAUUCUUGUUUAUGAUUUGUAUUUUUGCUUCAAAAAAAUUGUAUGAUUAUUAUCCACUUCGUUUCUGACAAAAACGGAUUGUUCAAAUUUUGGCAAAUUCGUUGUUAUUGACACUAAAAAAGAUUUGUCUAAUGUCGUGUAUUUGAUGCAAUAAACUAAACUGAACUAAUUAUAAAAAAAACACAAGAAAAAAAAUUCUGGAAAACUUAGUCAAUCACUCAAAAAAUUAAAAUGUUUUUUCUCUCAAAUAUCAAAAGUUCAUGGCACAUGGCUCUUAAUCUUUUACAUACCCAAACAACGUUGAUAUCUACUAAAAUGUUGACAUUUUCUUUGAAUUCAUUUGGGAUUUUUUCUCUUCCUCAAAAACGAAUUCUCUCAGGGAGAAAUGAGAGUAUGUUAAGGUAAGCUCUUUUUUAUUCUCUCUCUAUCUCUCUCCUCUUUAUUUAGUCUUUUUAAUUUUGCUCAUACAUGCUUAGUUCUGUACAAUAUAACGUCGAAACAAGAAGUAUUGCACAAGAACAUUGUUCUUACUGAGCUGCAUGCAAAUCUCUGCUUAAGGACCACGGUGAAUCAUUUGAAUAGCUCGGCAAAGAUGUCCCGGCGAAAGUCACGCGAAAAGAGUCUGAUUGGAUGUAAGUUUUUACACCAUUGUUGAGCGACAUUGAUUGUAUUGCUUGCAAUCCAGUAUCUUCACCGGCUUGAGGAUGCAAUUCUUUAAACGGCCGGUUCCAGCCUUCAGCUCGACGGUCAGACUCGAGUAGGUGACCACGCCGUCACACAGCGGUUGGAGGCCGGAAAAAAACUCGAUUUUUCAUGUCAAUAUUAUUUAUGUUUUGCCUUUUUGAGAAGAUUCUCAAGCUGAAAAUUACCUUUUCUCAAUGUUUAAUGACAAAUGGUUGAGAUAUCGAUUUUUAUUCGCACUUUGAAUGUUGCUCCAUCAGGCAAUAUCAAUGAUUUUUAUGUUCGAAAUCACAGUUUUAAGUCUAACUUCAAACGCCUGUAACUCUCUCAAUUUUGAUUUAACAAGUUCAUUGUGAUGGGAAAUUUAUGUAGUUUUUGGUCGAUUUUCAAGAUUUACCAAAAAUACAACCAAUUUCUCAAUCAAGGUAAAACAAUUAGAAGGGUCACCAGAAAAAUAUAUAUUUCUAAUUUCAUUUCUACCGUACAACUUUGUGGAUCAGUUUGGAACGAUCAGAUAAUAAACAAUUAAUAGGACAUUUGUUGUGCUUUUCAGAUUUUUGGGUCCCGUUUUGCAAAUCGUUGCUCAUAGGGAGAUAUUUUGAAAAUAAAACUACGGAGACGUAUGGUGAUCAGUUGUCAAAUAUUCGGUUUCGUAUAUUUAAGUUUUGUUCGAUUGACUGGGAAGUAUACAUGAAGUUUUUUCCAGUAGUCUCAAGCAUUGCUAUAUAAAGUCACAAACCGCUUUCAGUACUACAAGAUGUAUAAAGAGAGUAUAAAUCAAAUUGAUGAGAAAAAAAUAUCGUGUUUUAUCAUAAUUUUCCUUAUGAGACCUCUAACUUGUAGAAAGAUCUUGAAUUGGUCAAACUGCUCGAAAGCUGAGAAUUUUUCAAAAUAAUAUAAAUUGAAUUACGACGAUUUUUGCACCACCCUAAUUCAUGAAGGAGUACCCUAAGAACCAGACAUAAAAUACGAUUCUAAAGUUUUUCGAUGAAUAACUCGUAAGAGAACCAACCCAGUAUUCAUCUUAAGACCUAUAUUCUUCUCUUCGCUUAUAUUUCGUUCUUCUCAUCGUUCUUAACUUCCGCCUACUCGACUGAAUCGAUAGGUUACAUUAUACUACUUUUACUUUAAAAAAAAAGUAAAUUAGACAAAUAAGAGCAAUUAGAUGAAUAAAGAUGUUGAGAUGAAUAUAAAAGCGGUUCCCCUAUUAAAAUUUCUAGCAUAAUAGAGAAAAAAUAAUAAAUUUAUAUUUUCAACUUUUUCUAACAUCAGGAAAGAGUUCACCACCCCAAAAUUGUCAUAAUAUGUAAUUUCCAAUCAUUUAAAAAAGACUUUUAGGUUUUUUCGACUUUUGUUCAGAGACCUGCCACUAUGCGUCGAUCUUAACAACGCGAGCUGGAGUGUACACGUGGCACUUCAGCAUGAAAAGCUCCAAAACAGUAAUCUGGUUUGCUUACUUGAGGUAUGACACCGAAGUACUCAGUUUAUUAGGACAGACUUUAGUCAUCUCGGUCACGGCUGAAAACCGUUUCAGAUCUUUUCAAAUAUGCAUUGCAUUCAUUGCUUCAACUCUGGGCCGGAAAAACACAACCCAGGGCCCCGAUAAUGCUUCCGGGAUUUGCGAAAACUUGUAAAUGUCUGGAUCGGGCACGGAAUCAAAAGGGACUCCGCCUCCGAAAUCGCAGGACUCAUUGUCUUUCUCUUCCUUGUUGGACGGAAGAAUCAAAUCCACAAACCAAAUUACCAAUCAAAAUCGAAACCGUAGGAUAAAAAAAAAACUGAAAAACCCACCUAUCACAGCCACUAUACUCUGCAAGGUGGUGCUUCUGCAGCUCAUCUGCAGCCUAUUGUUCCAACAGCUGCUGGUCCGUGUUGCAAACGGUAUACACACGACACUCUUUACUGCAGGCAAUUAUUUCCACAACACAGCACCAAGAUAAACAAUAGAACAUGUGAAGGGCGCACUGUGCUAACAAUAGUAGGAUAUCAAACACUGAAACGGACUCAAUCAAUGCUCUCUCUCGUUGAUUUUUGGAAAUAAAAUCGGGGAUCGAUUUUAGGUUUCUGAACAUGCUUCCGAAACUAAAAACGGAAUCGCAAUUAUGGAUUUGAAAAUGAUAUCAGAUUCAAGCCUCUGUACAUUAUCUCAAUUCAGAAAAUACACACAUUUGGUUGUUUUGGCCAUUUCAGGCAAUUUCUCAAAAUCGGGAAGUUGCUAUCUUGAUAUCAAAAAUGAUGGCAGGGGUCGAUUUCCAACCUACGGGCAUCAUCCUGAAUCCGAAAAUACUGAUAUGGAGUUUUUACCAUUCUACGUAGAUUUUCAAAAACCGCCUUCGAUAUUAGAUAUUGCAGUAAACUUUCAAAUUAGUUUAAAAUUAGUUAUCCUCUUGUAUUGUGCCGUGUCAAAUAAAGUAAGUAAUGCGAAAUAAAGAAAUAGAGAGGAAUUUUCACCCUCAAUAUUUUUUUUUUCUUCAAAUUUCUAAGCAACGUCUCUCUACCAAAAAUGUAUUGUUGGAUAUGUUCCAGUUUUUCAUUUUUUUAAAUUGCUUGCCUAUCAAAAAAAAAAAUAUUUUUUUGUAUAUAUUACGUGUUUUGGCAAACUUUCAUUUUCGUUUAUUAUACUAUUGGCGCAGUGUCAACCCAAAAGAAACCAUUUUUUUUCAGAGGAUGGAUUUUUUUCUAAGUUAUUUGUAAUUAAUUACAGGUUGGACUCAAUUAUCCCUAUGCUCGUUUAUCUGGGGCUCGAGUAUCUGGAAAAAAGGGUUCAAUUAACUAUAGUCAUUUUUUCCCCAAUUGUUUUUGUGCUUUCGUCUUCCGGCUUCUGAUAAAAUCCUUGUUACUGCUUCUGAUGGUUAAAUAAUUCAGUUGGCUUCAGUAAGGGCACAGUGCUUGCAAUAAUUUUCUGGUGAAUUUAUGUUGUUUUGAUUUUGGAACUUGGUCUGAUUUUUGCAAUUUGAUAGUUUUUUAAAAUCAGAAUUGCUUAGCCUCCUGAUAGUUUCGUAGAUCCGUUAUGAUAUUGGUGAUUAAUAAUAAUUUUACUCAAGACUUUAUCAAAACUUGCUCAUCCUUCAUCAACCCGCAAAUAAUCCUAUUAUUUUGAAAUUCAAUUAAAAUUGAAUUUCUAACGACAAUUCAAUAGUUCUUUGUUCGAUCACAAAAAGCAUAGAACUUUUCCUAACAGCUAAAAACCGAUCAAAAAUUUCGAACCAGCUGCAGCAGAUGUGAUUAGAAUUUUCCUUCCGGCGGCCUUUGAGCCCACGCUGCAUAUCGAAACGCAGCGCAGACCAGACCCGGGAAUGCGGACGUCUCCGCUCCUCUCCACGCGGUGACAAAUUGACGCACCAACUUUGUGUGCACUCGGAAAAGAACGCAAUAAAUUUGCAAUCAAAGUUGUUCCAUCAAGAACUCGAAAAGUUAGAGCGUUGGAAAAGCGAAUGAGAAAAGGACAGAGUAUGAAUGGAAUGAAACCUUGGAUGGGCGAGACAAGCAAGGGUGUGAACGAGUGGAGGAAGACGAAAAAAAAUCCCUGCCCCGCUGUUGGCUACGAACUAAUUGUAAUGAAAAAUUAUGACGGUAGCGGAACAGAUAACCCGGGGGGCGGGGAAAACCGGGCAACAGUUACAAUCGUGAACAAAAUUAUUAUUUCUCUCAAAUUACUCUCUUUUAUCCCAACAGGUGUGUAAUGGAAGUGAUUUCGCAAAUAGGAAAAAUUAAAGCAGCAAAACGAUGUGUAAUUAAAUGUUACGACAACUUUACGGUCCGGACGGAAUGAGUACGAUCGACGCAGAUUGUGAACGUGUGUGUGAAUGAGUAUGUAUGCGAAAGAAGCACUCCAAUACUGUGCUGUUGAGUUGAGUUCGAGAUGAGGUGGAAGAAAGAGAAAAUUGAAAAAAGGAGGGAUAAUAAUUGUGAUUAAGAUUUUAAAUGACUCCAGUCAGUGGUUACAUGUUAAGCACGUGUAGUUAAGUCGAAAUCGUAAGAAAACAAAAAAUUACUCUGUUAAUAGAGGGCAGCUCAGCACGUUUAAAUGCAAUGUGAGAAAUGAAUAUCGGCGAUUCGAUUGUGUGACGAGCAAACAAACACAAAUAAAAAAAAAACAUUGAGCGUGCGGAAAUAAAACUGUCAGUGUAAGAUAAUGAUUAUUUAAAUUAAUUAGCAAUUAUACAAAAAAACGGAAUGGACAGUCACAAAACAGAAAUAAAUAAAACAAAAUGAUAAUAAAUAUAAUUGAUUACAAAAAAA